UACAACGACCACACCACUAACCAAAAGUGACGGAACGGAAAUUCGUGUAAUACGUACAAAUACGUAUGCGAUUCGAUUCGGGAGCUGCACAGUCCACAGCGCAAUUGCUACACACCGCCGCCAGCACCGAUGCACGGACAACCAACCCCACCGACAGCGGCAUCCUCCUCUGGAGCCACUCCAGCUCCUCCUGUUUCUGGAAUCACAGUGCCGCUGCAGUAGCAGCAGCAGCUGCGGCGGCAGCGGCGGCCACCUCCAACCAGUCAUUGUCUUCGGCCGAACAAUCAACGAUGUCCCGGAUCAAAGGCCAGAACCUGGGCCUCAUCUGCGUGGUCUGCGGCGACACCAGCUCGGGGAAGCACUACGGAUUCCUGGCCUGCACUGGCUGCUCCGGUUUUUUUAAGCGCAGUGUUAGAAGGAAGCUCAUUUUCACUAAUAUAAUCAAGAAAUGA